AUGGCAUCGCAAAGGCCCAGGCACAAAGCUGUCGGUCCGGUUGGCACUGGUCCGGUGGCAGGUGCAUCCAAUGCCCGACCGGGUGGUACUGGUACAAUAGCAGGUGUAACCAGUGCCUGUCCGGGUGGUACUGGUACAAUGGCAAGUGCAACCAGUGCCUGUCCGGGUGGUACUGGUACAAUGGCAAGUGCAACCAGUGCCAGUCCGGUUGGUACUGGUACAGUGGUAGCUGCCACCAGGUUUUUCGAUGAUGCUCGUCGAGGAGCGCCACUGGGAAUCCGCACGGCGCGGCGCGGCGCGGCGAGCUGGAUGCGCCGGAUCGAGCGCCAGGGAUUGAUUCCCGUGAAAUGCAGGUCCCGGGAGCUCGAUCGGCUAAUGCUGCCGGCAAUCCUAGGAGAGGGCGAAGCGUGGUGGAGGGGAGCAGUGGUGGAUUUGGAUCGUUCGUCAAGCACCCACGAUAGCAGCCGAUGGGAGAACCAUUUCCAGCUCGUUGCUGACCAUCUAAAGCUGCUCGGGUUGGAGGAGCCAGUAUCGAAAUUAAGCGUAAUUCAUGUGGCUGGAACCAAGGGAAAGGGUUCUACUUGUGCAUUUGUGGAGAGAAUUUUGCGAGCUUCUGGUUUCCGGACUGCUCUUUUCACCUCGCCUCAUUUGCUAGACAUUAGAGAACGAUUUAGAUUGAACGGGGAGGAGGUCUCCGAGGAAACUUUUAACAAGUAUUUUUGGUGGUGUUGGGAUCAUCUCCAGGCAAAUGAGGCUCCCUAUGCCACGUCUCUUUCGGUUCCUCACAAUUUUAGCAUUCAAGAUGUUUACGUCGGAGGAUGUUGACGUUGCUAUCUUGGAAGUCGGUUUAGGAGGUCGCUGUGAUGCAACCAAUGUGGUUCGAAAUCCAGCCAUCUGUGGAGUAGCAUCACUCGGCUACGACCAUACGUGCGGCAUGCCGCGAAGCUAAUGACCGGAAUGCCGCUGCUAUUAAACUAAGGCGGACACUUUUGAAAACGUUUGCCAAUGAGUAGAAAAUUCCUCGACUCGGCAAGCCAAGACGGCCACUUUGUGGCUCUGCACACUCUACAAUCUGUCUGUGGAACCAACUGAGGAGUAUUUGCGGCAAUGCGCUCUGAUAGAACACUACCAACGCGUUUCUUGGGAGACCAGCUAGAUUUAAAGAGUGAAUCACAGCUUCAUUUCCAUUUCUUUUCGUUAAUCAAGUGGAGAUACCCCGGAUUACCCAGUAGUAUGGGUUCUUAACGCGGUCCUCUUCCUGGAAGCUAGCAA